CAUGGAGAAAUACACAGCCUUCGCUGAUCCGAGCACUGGUGUGAACCCCUUCCUUCCCCAUUGGCUCGCCAACCCCCCCAGAGACUCCACCAUCGUCAAACUACUUCGGCCUUUACUACUAUGCAUCCCUCUGGUCAUCUUGCGUCUACCCUUCCUCCUACUAGGACUACUACUACUGGGAUUAUCACAGCUCAUAGUGACUGUUUUAACACUACUAUCAGCUCCAGUCGGCCGAGGGUUAGCAUUACUGUUGUACCCUCUGAGCGCCAGGAUGGCUCUAUUGGGGGUUGGGGUCGUUCGCUAUCAUAAAGACCUCGCAGAUAGUCGAAGAUUAAAGAUACGGCCCAUCAUCGAUCCGACGUCCUUCGGCUCAUCGGAUAUAAUCCUCUCCAACUACCAGAGCUUCACCGACGUUCUUCUACUCUUGUCCUGCUGGGCCCCUAGGAAGUUCAUUUUCGUCAACUCAACCGGUCAAGCUCGUCUACUCGGUCCGAUCGCCGCGUUAUUGGAGGCUUCCCGGAGUCGCCCUGGUCAGUGGAGGCCUCAGGUUGGCUCUCUACCGGACCUCGAACAAAUCUUAAACGACCGGGCCGGUCCGUACGCGCUGUUCGCGGAAGGCGCACGUACCAACGGAACAGGAAUCCUCCGAUUCCCCAGCAAGGUUGAGGCUUUUGUCGAAGCGGGUCGAAAGUCAGGUCAGCUGGGGGCAGUGGGCAUCCACUACUCUGCGAAGAGCAAUUGUGGACACUAUAGUCCAUCCCAGACUUUGCCGACUAAUGGAGCCCUCCAUAUGGUCUAUCAGAUGGCCCAGCUAUACCAACCAGCCACUAUCACUUGGUUGCCCACUAAGGACACCAAGACUAGUGCAGCUAUAAAGGUAACAACACUACUGAGUCGGUUGGUCGGGCGAGAGUGCGUCGAUAUGUCCGAGAAGGUCGACGCUAGGACCGCCGAGGCCUUCCAGAAAUACUACGCGCAGUACUCUAUCACUGAUAAGGUCGACUGAGCGUCAAGUUUUGUGA